UUUCCACGCAUGUAGCAUUAACAAGUUUUUGAUAUAAUUGCAUUAUAAAAGUCAUAUUUAAAUGGGUAGGAAAUAAAUGUCCUCGACUGUACAUGCAGUGUUAAUCCACUUUACAAUAAAUCAGUACUCAUUUUAAAAAGGACCAGUUAUCGGAUGUCAUGAUAACGUUCGUAGUCUGACAGGCACAGAUUAUCUCAUUCCCGCGCCGACCGUCGGCGCGCGCGCACGUGUCCCAGUACCCCAGUUUUUUAUUACCGGAAUUCGUGUCAGUAUAAACAAUCAAUACCCAUCGGUUAACAGUUAAGUGCAGUUAAAAAAUGCGUCGUGUCAAAAUGAAUUUGGACCCCGAUUUGGGUGAUUUAGAAGAAAUGUUAGCACACGUACAAAAUCAAUUGGAACACGAAAUAGAUUUAGAAAAAGAGUCUAAAAUACCAUCCGUUAUUAAUGUUCAAGAAUCACCAAAACCUAUGAAGAAGAACACAAUGAAAUCGGAUACUUUUGUGUACCGUCGUCAAGCACCACGACCACCUUUAACAAGGAUGAAUAGUGAGAACAAAUCUCCAGGAGAAGAAAGAAAACAUUACGAAAGUUUACGUGGAUCGCAGAGUAGUUUGAAAUCUGAUGAUGCUGUAUCACAAAUAUCCUUCCAGUCUUUCCGUUCGGAGCCAGUUCAGAGACUCUCUCUGUUCAAUAUGUCGGAUAAAAGAGUGUCGUCAUCUUCUCUCAAUGGUAAAGGAAAAACAUCAACUCUACCACGUGGAUAUGGUUCUACGAAGGAUAAAUGGGAAGACUACUGGGCAUACGAGCAAUCGAUAAGCAGCGCUCGGGCGUCAGUGAUGGUAUACGACGAUCAUGCGAAACGCUGGAUACCCUCAGGUUCCAGCUCGGGCCUCUCCAAGGUCCACAUCUAUCACCACACGCAGCAUAACACAUUUCGCGUCGUCGGCAGGAAACUAAACGAUCAUGAGGUAGUAAUAAACUGUGGCAUAGUCCGCGGUCUCAAGUACAAUCAGGCGACAGCCACGUUCCACCAAUGGCGGGACGCGCGACAGGUCUACGGUCUCAACUUCUCCUGUCGCGAGGACGCUGACAGCUUUGCGAGGGCUAUGAUGCAUACUCUUGAGAUUCUGGCGAACAAAGUGACAAACAACUCUGCCCCGCCCCCCGCGCCCCCCAACCCGCCCGCAUACAACGGCCACGCCCACUACGAUGAGGACAUGGGGUACAGAACAAUGACACGAGAGGACGCGGCGAUGCUGCAACAGCCGCAGUACCACGCUCCUCACAUACAACACAAUCCCAUACAACAUACACCACAAGUCCACCAGCCCAUUCAGCAGUACCACCAGCCCAGCCAGUACCAUGCACCGCACCAACAUCAUCAGCAGGUGGUGGUUCAGAGUGCGAGCGCGGGCAACAGCGCGCCGCCCGCACCGCCUCCGCACGCCGCGCCCGCCGCCCACACUCUGCCGCACGCACCGCAUGCGCACCACCCGCCCGGACACCACCGCACCAGCAGUGCUCCGAUGCCUCCCAACAUGUCGCUGUCAACGGCCACUGCUCCGCCCCCCGUGCCCCCACACCAGAAUCUACCCGCGCCUGCCAAUGGUCCAAUGCAAGGUCCAGUGGCACCCCCCACACCACCAGCCGCGCCACAACCACCCCCCAUGACAGGGUUCGCGGCGCAGCUGCAGCAGGCCAGGCUAAAGAGACAGGCGAAGCAAGCCGCUGCUCCUGGUGGCACGGACUCCUCCCCGCCGGGUGCAGGCGGAGCUGCUGGUGGUGGGGCGGAGCACUCGGGCUCCUCCUCCUCCUCAGGGUCAGGUCGUGCUGCAGGCACGCUGCACUGCAUGAUGCACGAGAUGGCGCGCACGCUGGCACGGCGCCGUGCACAUCUAGACAAAGCUGAGGAGUCAUCAGCAGAGAACUCUGGGACGUCAACUCCGCUGAAGACAUGGGAGAGAUCCGCCACUCUGCCGCACCGCCUGCCUGCUGCUUGUAAUGGCAACACUCCAAGUUCAGAAUCUCCCCAACAGCCGCCGCAGUCUCCGCGCUCAGUACGUAAGCGCUUUGGUUCUGCCAGCGAGGAGACAAUACUUAAGCAGGUGAACGGCGGGGGCGGGGGCGAGGGCGGGUGCGUGUCCGCGGCGGAGUGGGACGCCUUCAAGCAGGACGUGCUGCGCGAGAUGCGCACUCAGCUCAACCAGAUCAAGAAGGAGAUACUAGAUGCAAUGAAGGCGGAAUUCGCGCGCAGGUAAGGUCGGGGCGCGCGCCGAGUGAAACUAGUCUGCCGGACAGCGGUGAACAUUUAUUUUGUUAUUAAACAGACAAACAGAUCAUCUGUUUUUUAAUAUUACAUUUUUUGUAUGUAAUUUGAACAUAUGUCAACUGUCACUUUGACAGUCGAGUGCAUACUCUAUGAUUUUUGACAUUUGUUUUUUUAAAUGUAAAUGGAAAUGUGUUAAUGCCAUAUCGAAUAAUAGGAAAGAAUUAAAAUAAAUAUUUUUUUGAUUGUUAAUUAAAAU